GGGCAGCACAGGAGGCCAGGAGCCUACUUCCCCGUGCCACAGGCAGGAGGCCAGGAGAGGCACGUGGGGGAGGGGAGGGAGAGGAAGUCCCCUCCUGGGCAGGUCACUCCCAGAGGCCGGGCUGGGGCGGGGCAGGAGAUGGAGAGCAGAUCUGAGCUCCUGGGCCACCUUCUCGCCGGCCACUGCCCAGCUGCCCGGAGCCCAGAGAACCCAGCCAGCCGGCUUGGUACGGGGGGGAGCACAGUGGGCCCGGGAGUCUGUGGCUGACUCAGUGUGGCCAGACGUCACCAACCUGGAUCUGACUAGGGCUGUAGCCCCACGUCCCCACUGCUGGAACACGUGCACACACGUACACAGGCGAUAGAGACACCUGCCCUGGCCCCAUCAUGCCCAUGGCGUCCACCGCCUCUGCUGUGCCCUGGACCCUCUCUGACCCUGUUCCACCUGGCAACAGCAGCGAGGGGCUGCUGGACACGCGGAACCUGCUGCUCGCCCAGGCGGAGCUUGCCCUGCUCUCCACGGUCUUCGUGGCUGUGGCCCUGAGCAACGGCUUGGUGCUGGGGGUCCUAGCACGCCGGGGCCGGCGGGGUCGCUGGGCACCCAUGCAUGUCUUCAUCGGCCACUUGUGCCUGGCCGACCUGACCGUGGCUCUGUUCCAAGUACUGCCCCAGCUGGUAUGGGAUGCCACGGACCGCUUCCGUGGGCCAGACGCCCUGUGCCGGGCCGUCAAGUACCUGCAGAUGGUGGGCAUGUAUGCCUCGUCCUACAUGAUCCUGGCCAUGACGCUGGACCGCCACCGUGCCAUCUGCCGCCCCAUGUUGGCCUACCGCCAUGGAGGUGGGACUCACUGGAACCGGCCGGUGCUGGUGGCCUGGGCCUUCUCGCUCAUUCUCAGCCUGCCCCAGCUUUUCAUCUUUGCCCAGCGUGACGUGGGUAACGGCAGUGGGGUCCAUGACUGCUGGGCCCACUUUGUGGAGCCCUGGGGCCUCCGAGCCUAUGUCACCUGGAUCGCUCUGAUGGUGUUCGUGGCCCCGGCCCUGGGCAUUGCUGCCUGCCAGGUGCUCAUCUUCCGGGAGAUCCAUGCGAGCCUGCUGCUGGGGCCAGCAGAGAGGGCCGGGGCUUGCCAGGGAGGGCACCGGACAGGCAGUCCCAGCGAGGGGGCCCGGGUGUCAGCAGCCAUGGCCAAGACUGUGCGGAUGACGCUGGUGAUUGUGAUCGUGUACGUGCUGUGCUGGGCGCCUUUCUUCCUCGUGCAGCUGUGGGCAGCGUGGGACCCGCAGGCGCCCGUGGAAGAGGCCCCCUUCGUGCUGCUGAUGUUGUUGGCCAGCCUGAACAGCUGCACCAACCCCUGGAUCUACGCCUUCUUCAGCAGCAGCGUCUCCUCGGAGCUGCGGAGCCUGCUCUGCGGGGCCCGGAGUAGGGCCCCACCCAGCCCAGGGCCCCAGGAGGAGUCCUGCGCCACUGCCAGCUCCUUCCUGGCCAAGGACACUUCCUCCUGAGAAGUCAGGGGGCGCCUUCCUUCUAGAGGCUCUGUGAAACCCCGCUGCCCACCUGGAGCUGGCCCUGGGAAUGCCAGGUGUGGGGCAGCAGCGGGGUUCCACCCCAGCAGGGGACCGCCCCUGAGAUGGAGGUCCCAGGGCCCCCCCACCCCCAGGAAGGAAAGGGGGCGGGGCCGGAGGACUUUCCUCUCCCCCCACCGCUCCCCUCUUCCCAGCCUCUCUAGCUCCCCUCAGCCCUCCCCUCUCACUUGCUCCCCAAUAAAUGUUCCAGCU